AUGGUUCGAUAUUCUUGGGAGCCGAAGGAUGAGGACGAAAGUCGCACAUGCAAGGCUCGAGUCCCUUAUCUUCGUGCGCAUUUCAAAAACACCCAUGAGUGUGCUCGGGCGAUUAAGACUUUUUUAAAGAACGUGAUUGAAAAGAAAGAAAUCGUCCCUUUCCGUCGGUUCAAUGGCGGAAUCGGCCGGAAAGCGCAGGCAAAAGUUUGGGGCACCACGCAGGGGCGUUGGCCUAAGAAAUCCGCACAAAUGCUUCUGCAGCUUUUGCAUAACGCCUUCAGCAAUGGUAUCAAUAAAGAUAUCAAGGGUGGCGAAGCCAGCAGGUUGUUUGUAAAGCAUAUUCAGGUUAACGAAGCUCCAGCCAUGAGACGACGAACGUAUCGUGCCCAUGGCCGUAUCAAUCCCUACAUGUGCUCUCCGUGUCACGUCGAAGUUAUUCUGGCGACAAAGGAUGACAUCGUUCCGAAAGUUGCAGCUAGCGCGGCUCAACCGGUAAAGAAGAAGGAGUCAAAGAAGAAGAUGAAGCGACAAUUGAUGCGUGAUAAUGUUGGUUUCUAA